AACUUGUGACUAUUGAAUUCUUUAUUUCCUUUCUCUUCUACCUGUCUAUAAAACAUUGUGCUCCCGCGAUUCCUGUUCAUUACUUGCUUGACAUCGAGUAUAACUCUAAAUCUCCUCUUAUUAUUCAAAGAGUCACCAUGUUCAAUUUUUUUCUAUUUAUUUUAUCCUUUCUGCUGGAACUCCCCAUGAGGGAACCUGAGCGUCCACCAGCAAACGGACAGAAUCACGAGGAAGUUCGCGACUUUGAAUUUUUUGACACCCUUCCUAACCAUUUAAACGGUCACGAAGAGGUUGUUGAUCUGCCAGACGAGUGGCUCCAACUCCCUGCCCCACAGAUGUCCAGGAUCCUUAGCCGUAUUAACAUCGGCGAAGUAAGAGGUCCUGGAUAUUUCUUCUAUCCGGGGAUUGGGGACCACUUCUGGUUCGUCACUACCGGGAUUCGGGUAAGGCCCGCUGUUCCAGUAGCAGAGAUUCAAGAAGGAAGGCGACUAUUCCGUCCGCGAGAUCCUCCUGCCCCAUUGCGGAGACCUCACAACCCUCUUCGGUGAAAGUGAAAGCGAAAAUGUGGAUAGUUUUUUGAUAGUGAUGUUUUUGUGUUUUUGGAUUUUUAUUUCGGUUUAUUUUAUACUUGUCAUGUUCAAAAUUCUAAACUUCUAAA